UUAAAGCUUUCAGUUGGGUACUUUUUAAAUGGCUUCUAAAUUUAUCCUGUUAGGGCUUGUUGCUGCCUUAACUUGCUCUCUUGCAUUGGCCGAUCACAGUCCUCUUCAAGAUUUCUGUGUGGCUGACCCCAGCAAGCCAGUAGUAGUGAAUGGCUUGGCAUGCAAGGACCCAAAGCAGGUUCAAGCAAGUGAUUUCUCCUUCAGUGGUCUUCACAUAACAGGCAACACAACGAACCCUGUAGGUUCAAAGGUGACUCCAGUUACAGCAGCCCAAUUGCCAGGACUAAACACACUUGGGAUAUCUAUGGCUCGUAUAGAUUUUGCACCAUGGGGUAUUAACCCACCACACACACAUCCAAGGGCUACUGAAAUCUUGACUGUUAUGGAAGGUUGUCUUGAAGUAGGGUUUGUGACUUCUAACCCAGAAAACAGGCUUAUUACAAAAGUGCUUAACAAAGGUGAUUUGUUUGUAUUCCCUGUCGGUCUUGUCCACUUCCAGAGAAAUGUUGGAAAUGGUAAUGCUGUAGCCGUUGCUGCUCUCAGUAGCCAAAACCCUGGUGUGAUUACUAUUGCCAAUGCAGUGUUUGGAUCAGAUCCUGACAUUUCUAGUGAUAUUCUUGGAAAGGCUUUCCAAGUGGACAGGAAUGUAAUUUAUCAAAUGCAAGCCAAGUUCUGAUUCUUUUAGACAAUCAUUAAUUUAAUUAUGUGUUUGCACCUAUGUAAGGAUCAAUUGAUCUUCAAAACUUUUUUUCCUUUUUAUGUGUUUCUCAGAGUGUAAAAGUUUGGGUUGUUUCCGUUAUGUAUUCCCUUGAGAAUCAGUGGCUGAGUUGCUCA